AAGUUGGUGGUUGAAUCAGGUGCAUGUAGCCAGACGACCGAAAAAGAACAAAAUCCCACAGUAAUGUGAUUUCCUCUCCACUCAUCGUCAUCGUUGAGCUCUGCAGCCCCGAACUUCCGUUCCCGCUCGACGCCAUCAUUUCGUUGUUUGUGAGAGCGAAAUGUACGGGAACUAUGCCGGCGGUGCCGGUGCGUAUGGAGGGUACCAGGGUUAUACUCAAGCUGCUCCAGCCCCUGGUGGAGCUCCCCCAGCGGCGGGUGCUGUAGGAGGUGCAGCGGUUGCUCCGCCCUCUUACCCUGCAGCCCCUUCAGGAUAUGAUGGAGCUGCAUCUGGUUGGCAACAACCUCCUCCUAGUCAGCCCCCAGCUGGAGGUUACCAAGCAGGUGGUUUCUCUGGACCACCUCCGUCCAGCGGGUAUUCUGGAAAUGCUCCAGUAAGUGGAGGUCAAUUCCAGUCAGGCGGCAGUUAUGGCCAACCACCACAGUCAGGUGCUCCUGGUGGAUAUAUGGGUGGCCCUCCUCCCUCUGGUGGCCCUCCACCAUCUAGUGGCUACGGAGGAGCAUCGUCAGGUGGCUACGGAGGUGACAGGGAGCGCGAUAGGAGUGCUGGGAGAUAUGAUGGAGGAAGAGACAGAGGUCGUGAAGACAGAGGUGGCAGAGAGGAUCGAGGCCGUGAUGACCGAAGCAGAGAUGACCGUGGUUAUGGUGGUGGUGGGCCUAGAGGAGGCGGCGGUGGCUUUAACAGUGGCGGCAGAGGUGGUUUUAAUAAAGGCGGCUACGAUGGAGGAUCCCGAGGCGGCGGCGGCGGCGGUGGGGAUAGAGGAUCAGGACGGGAUGACUUCAUUGUCCAAGAAGAUACCAUUUUCAUUUCUGGCAUGUCGCCAUCUUUGUCAGAGGAUGACGUUCGCUCACACUUUGGUGCCAUUGGUGUAAUUAAGAUUGACAAGAAGACUAUGCGACCUAAGAUUUGGAUGUACAAUGACAAGAACACUGGCAAAUCCAAAGGAGAGUGCACAGUGACCUACGACGACGCCGAGGCGGCCCGCUCUGCUAUUCAGUGGUUUGACGGCAAAGACUUUAAAGGCUCCAGCAUUAAAGUGCAGCUGGCCACAAAGAGAGACAACUACGGUAUGAGGGGAGGAGGCCGUGGUGGUGGCGGCGGCCGAGGUUUCGGCCGAGGCGGUGGCGGCGGCGGCGGCUUCGACCGCGGUGGUGACAGAGGUGGAGACCGCGGCGGCUACGGAGAUCGUGGUGGAGACAGGGGUGGCUUCGGCGGACGCGACGGCGGAGACCGCGGUGGCGGCGGCGGUGGUGGCGGCGGCGGCGGAUUCGGCCGCGAGGGCGACUGGAGAUGCACCAACCCCAGCUGUAGCAACACCAACUUCGCCUGGAGACAACAGUGCAAUCGGUGUGGCGAGGACAGGCCAGAGGGAGCCGGCGGUGGUGAACGUGGUGGUGGCGGUGGACGUGGCCGUGGUGGUGACCGAGGUGGAUUCAGAGGAGGAAGGGGUGGCGACAGGGGUGGUUUCCGCGGCCGAGGAGGUGGCGGACCGAUGCGAGGUGGCGGAGGAGGAAUGGGAGGAGACCGAGGGGGAAGGGAUCAUCGUAGUCGUCCGUACUAAUGCGGUGGACCAUCUUCCAGUGUGGUGUCAGGGUUACCAUACCCUUUGUGUGUGUGAUAUGUAUGAAUCGUAAUUAUGCAAAUCCGGAACCAUUUUUUUUUUAAAUCUCAUCAUUGCCCAUGGCAGUUCUGACCCUCUUUGUUACAAAGAGCAAGUGUAUGUAUUGUAAAAGCUUGACAAUUAUGAACAAUUAUCAAGAGCGUAUGAAUCAUUUAUUGUAUGUAUACCACUUAUCAUUUAAUAAAUAUUAAGGACCCAAA